CUGCAAGUUCCCAGAUUCUCACAGAACAAGCAGGUCCUGGAGGGACUGGGGGAUAUGAAACUUUUGUUUGAGUAUCUGACCCUGUUUAGUAUUGCAGAGAUUUCCUUUGACUUGAGCCUGGCUCAAGGCCUGGACUAUUAUACAGCAGUGAUCUAUGAAGCAAUGCUUCUUCAGAGCCCAGAACAUCAGGGGGAGGAAGCACUUGCUGUGGGCAAUGUGUCUGCUAGCAGGCUCUAUGAUGGACUUAUUGGCAUGUUUGACCCCAAGGGUGGCAUGGAAAGAAUCUUCUCCAUUGUGGAACAAAGGAUGGAGGCCUCUAAAAAAAUACAAACAGAGACACAGGUCCUUGUGACAACAGCACAAAAGAAUUUUCUUAGAGAACAAAUGAAACAGAUUGCAGAGUUCUGGGAUGCUGGGAUCAGGGCUGAGAUGCUGUAUAAGAAGAAUCCCAGUUUCCUUACUUGGCUACAUUACUGUGAGGAGAUGGGCAUCCCAUUAGUGGCCAUCAUUGGAGAGCAAGAGUUAAAGGAUGGUGUCAUUAACCUUCGUUCUGUGGCCAGUAGGGAAGAGGUAGACAUUAAAUGGGAAGGUAUUGUAAGGGAAAUCCAAAGAAGAAUGUCUGAGUCCUGAUCUUGCCUGUUCUUCAUCUGCUAAGUUGUUCCCACUGGUACAUAUCUAGUCCAUUAUGGAGGCCCUCUAGUUUCCUUGUUUGGAGAUGGGGGAUUAUCACCUGUACAUUAGGCUCUUGAUUCCUCUUGCUUUAAGAGAAAGUGUUUGAGAGAAUGCAGAGCAUCCACUUUUAACAGCUGGGAAUAUAGUGUCUUGUAGAGUAAGACUAUGUCAGAGAGACACUACAGUCUGUCCUGUCAUUGACUUGUGUAAGAAGGAAGUUGAAUUGUGUUUUCUGAGCAGUCUGAAGAAUAUUCAGACUCUGAAUGAAUCCUGAAUGUGAAGGAGUUCUUUUUGAGGUCAGAAUUCAGACCCUCAGUUUCUUUUUCUUUUCUCUCUUUUUUUAAAACCCUUACUUUCUGUCCUCAUAACAAUGAUAAGACAGAAGGACAAGGUCUAGGCAAAUGAGAGUUAAGUGACUUGAUCAUACAUCAAGUUAUUUCAUAGUGUCUGAGGCCAGAUUUAAGACUUCAAGGUUCUAGUUAAGGUUUGAACUAAUCAUGUCUUCUUGCUUUAGGUGUUAAAAGGAGACAGAAAGGAAAGAAAAGUGACUGUCUUGAUUGAGUCUAAGCUCAAAGUGAGGGUGGAAUGGACAGUGUAAUUCCCUCCCAGCUAUUCUCUUUUGUGCCAGGGAACCUGCUUCCUCAUGGUUUUGAAUACUGAAGUUCAUACUCUUUAUCUCUUGGCCUCAUUCAGGUCCUUAUCUUUUAAGUAAAGAGAUUUCACCAGAUGACCUCUUGAGGUUCCUCCAGUUGUGCAUGUAUGAACUCUGUCUCCAGGAAUCAUAACAACUAAAAAGCAUGUGAUUAGUGCUUUUCCCCCCUUCACUGAUAUACUUAUACAGCUAUUGUUAGGAUCUUUUUCCUGGGCCAAAACAGCUGCUGUGGCUUGCCACAUGAGUAGCUGUUUGGAGAUGACUUAUAUUAAAGGUAUAAGUAAUUUGGAUUUAAAAGGGGAGGGAGGGGGGAGGUUAAGCAGAGUACCAGCAUGUGUGAAGGGACUAAAGGAAAGGAGAUUGACAUCUCACUGAAGCCAGUUGUGAUUUCUCUAGAAACCCCUUGGGGCAGAAACAGCAACCAAUGAAAAGUGAAUUCCCUAGUGUGGAAGGAAGCUGAGAUACCUUUUGGUUCUAGCCCUUAGUGAAGGAAUUAGAACAAUAAUGGAAAAUGAAGGAAAAAAUCUGGAAUUACUAAAGCUUUAGUUUGGAGCCAAGAUGGCAGAAUAGAAUUCUAGCCAAAUUUUUCUAAUAUUCCCCUCAAAAUAACUUUUAAAAUAAUGCAUCAAAUUGAUUUCUGGAAUACCAUCACCAACAAAAGAGCUGAAUGAGACAUUAGUCUAAACCAAAACAACAUAGGAUGUUGUGUUGAAAGUGUUAUGGGUAAAAUUAGGGUUGUUGACUGAAUAUAUUAUUUUACUGGUCGCCAGUGAUUUUUUAAUUCAAUCCCAAUAAAAUACUCAAGUCAGUUUGGGAUUUUUUAUGGUGGUUUAAUUACAAUAGUAGGAAGAAAUUUAGAAGGAGAAGAGGGUAAGGGUAGGAGAUUUUCUCCAGCCUGGAGUAAGUCAAAGGGAGUUCAGAGGCCUCAACCAAGGGGCCUUCUCAGAAGAUUAAAUCUAGCUCGGCUUCCAGCCACGAGAGGUCUCCUCUAAGACGAUGGGCUUCCUUGGAGGAUAGUCCCCUUUCAGGAGGACAAGGAAAGGAAGAAUGAGCAGCCUUACCACUCACCAAGGUCACUCAGGGAAGAUGCCUCACCUAAACCAUGCUACAGAACCAAAAUGCUGCCCAGAGCUCCUAAUGUCAACGCCGCCACGAGAACCCAGCCUCACUGAGAAAGAGCCCAGAGAGGAAGUGACGUGAAAUAAAUAGGCAGUUCUUUACAUCACUUCCUGCGUCUCACAUGUACCAAUGGUAGCUUAAGCUUGAUUUAGGACAGCCGAGGGGCUCAGUCAGUUGUUUCUGAUUUGUCAUUUGCUAGCACAUGUUGGUCAUAGGCCAUCCUACAGUUAAUCCUUAAGUGGGGGUGUAUACAUUCCGGGUUGCUAGAAUUCUAAAGACUAAGCAGGGUGGAGUAAAUCUAAAAUUCACAGAAAGAGAUACCUGUGGCCCUGGGGUGGGCAUUGGCUAUCAGAACAGCAUGACAUCAAUACCAGCUUUAGUCCAUGGAGGUGUCCGCUACAAUAGCAUCAUGAGAUCCAGGAACUCUCAAUACUCAGAAGAGGUAAGGAGAUUGGACACAAGGUCAGAAAGGUCAAAGCAGAUUCCUGUGUAGACGCACUGGGAAAAGAUGAGGUAUCAUUUGGUAACUCUAAUGCUUGAAUUACCCAGUUCUAGUUCACAGUUACAGGAUGGAAAGGAACACUAAAAUUUGCAAGGUGUCCUGUUUGCAGUCUCGGGCAGAGAGAACAGGGGCCUUUGUUUCUGGCUAUAGUUCCAGGGAAAAUAAGAGUACUAGCACUUGCAGUCCCAAUUGAUCAGUGGCUCUUCACACCACUUUGGAAGCACCAAAAACUUAUAGACCCACAGACUAGUUUGUGAAAAGAGCAGCACAAAAUUGAAAAAGAAAAAAAAUCCCUAAAUACCAAAAUAGAAAUCCUGAAAGUAAAAGGAAAGAAUAAAAUUUGAUGUAAAAAACCUAUAAAAUAAAAAGUCUAUAAAAUAAAUCAUUGAUUAAAAAUGAAAGAAGAAAACUAAAUUUCCAUUUUCAAAAAGGAAAAGCAUGAAUGUACCCUCAAUGAAGAUAAAAUUAAAACAAUUAUUAGGAGCUUUUUUGCCCAAAUAGGUGUCAGUAAAACUGACAAUCUAUAUGAAAUGAAUGUUUACAAAAAAUUUAAAUUGCCUAGAUUAAUAGAAUACCUAAAUACUUAAGAUAAAAUCUUAGAAAAAGAAGAAAGAACUGAUCAAAAUAGUGACACAAGACAUUUCCAAAUGAUUUAUGAUGAAAAAAAGCUAUUGGGGCAGUUAAGUGUCUCAGUGGAUUGAGAGCCAGGCCUAGAAAUGAGAGGCCCUGGGUUCAAAUGUGGCCUGACACUUAUCUGUGUGACCCUGGGCAAGUCACUUAGCCCCCUUUACUUAGUCCUUUUUCCUUGGAAACAAUAUACAGUAUUGAUUCUAAAAUAGAAUUUAAGGGUUUAAAACAACAACAACAAAAAACAAGCUAAUAACCUCCCGAUAGAGAGAAUUGAUAAACUCCAAAAUCAGAAUGAAGCAUUUUUUACCUUAGUUUUUUUUCUUUUCUUUUUAAAUAUGGCUAAUAUCAGUAAAGUUUUUACCUGACUUCAUAUGAAUAAUAGAAUAUUGCUUACCUUCUCAAAGGGCAGAAUGUUAUAAAAAAUAUCUAAAAUCUCCAAAGAAAGAGAACUCAGUUAAAAACCUUGAGUCAAGCAAAUAAACCAACAAUCAACAUGUUAUAACAGAAGAAAAGAUGACCUGCAGGACAUCUAAAUUGGUCUAAACUUCUCAAUAAAUAUUGAAUGACAAAAGAGAAUAAUUUCUCACCUGGUAGGCAGAGAACUUAUUGAUUCCCAUUGUGUGAAGUGGAAUUUGGGGGGGGUUGCACCACCAGAAAUUACUCCAAUGAGCAGACAAGAGGCUUAGAUAGAUGCGUGCAGAGAAAAUAUUAAUUAAAAAUAUUAAUAAGGGAAGGGUAGAACAUUGCUCUGAGUGGUUGAACCAAAGCAAGUGUCCAAAAGAUAUUCACAUGAAUUCAGAAUUUAACACAAUGCUCCUCUUCUUUUUCCCUACCACUUAUGUGUCUGUGUUUGUUAUAUUUUCUUUAUCUUGUUCCAAGUUUCCCAGUGUUCUCAAAUCCAUGGGAGCAUUCCUUAUGUUUGCAAUUUCUAAGUUAAGUCAGAAUUUAGUCAUGUCCAAGGCCUUUUGGGCUGAAAUAUUUAGGACAGGGAGUUAAGAUUAUAACUGUAAAUUUUAAGACCUUUCCCAUGGGAAGUGAGAAUAAAAAGAAGGGAGGAGGGUUUGGCCACAUUAGAAAAGAGUGAAUUAAAGGUGUAUAUGUAUAUAUACACACACACACACACACAUAUAUAUAUAUAUAUAUAUAUAUAUAUAUGUGUGUGUAUGUUAUUAUAUAUAUGAAUCUGCUUGAGGAGGAAGAUUUCUCUACUCUUCAUAAGGAGAUAUUGGUAUCUCCCUUCUGAAGGGCACCUAACUUUCACUAAUUUUGGAAGUUGCCAAUCUAUGAUUAGUAAUACUAAUUAAUGUAUGUUGGGGAAUAAUUCACAAUUUCAUUCCAUAUACUAUCAUCACAGUAGGAUGUUUUUCUUAACUUUUAUUUUUUUUUAAUUUCACCUUUUACUUUAUAGAAUUUAUAUUGUAGGUCUGCUCUUUUUAUACCCAAGUCAGUAUAAUCUAUUUCUCUCUAUUAUAUGUAGGAUCAAAUAUUAUAUUUUUUAGCAUUUGAAGCCCAUAGUACAGCCCCAUCUUGCCUUUCCAAGCAUGUCUUUCAGUCCGGUGACACUGACCUGUUUGCAGCCUCUUAGAAGACUCUCCAUCUCCCAACUCAGCAUUUUUACCAGUUGUCCCCAUGCCUUUCUUCUUCAUCAUCUCUUCCUUUUGACUUCAAUGACUUUCUUGAAACCUUAAUUAAUGUCUCACCUUCUACAAGAAACCUUCUCCCUUUUAUGCUCUGCUAGUAUAUUCUUUCUGUAUAUACUGUACAUUUAUACUGUCCUAAAUUGGCUGUUGUCUUUAAUACUUGAAGAGGAUACUAUGUGGGGUCAAGUGUUCAACUGUGGCAGAUCAACAUGAGCCCAAAAGGCUCUCCAACAGUUUAGGUACAAAUAAAUUAUGAAUUUUUGGGAUGGAGCCAUUCCUAAAUAUGUAUCUCCAGUUGCAAAACAUUUUUGACACAUCAAAUCAGAUCUAAAUAUUUGGGAAAACAUUAGUUGCUGAUGGGAAAGCUGAAACAAUGUAAUAAAAAUGACAAUUCUACUUAAAUUAAUUUACUCCUUCAGGGCCAUACCAACUAAGCUACCAAAAACUGAUUCAGUACAUCUAGGAAAAAAAAAACCACCAAAAUUCAUCUGAUAGAACAAAAAGUCAAGAAUAUCAAAGGAAGCACUUUUUUUUUUUUUAAACCCUUACCUUCCGUCUUGGAGUCAAUACUGUGUAUUGGCUCCAAGGCAGAAGAGUGGUAAGGGCUAGGCAACGGGGGUCAAGUGACUUGCCCACGGUCACACAGCUGGGAAGUGUCUGAGGCCAGAUUUGAACCUAGGACCUCCCAUCUCUAGCGGAAGCACUUUUUUUUAAUGUGAAGGAAGAUAGCUUAGCAAUACCAGACCUCAGACUGUAUUAUAAAGUAAUAAUCAUCAAAAACAACCUACUACUGGUUAAGAAAUAGAUUGGUGGAUCAAUGAAAUGGACAAUACAUGGUAGAAAAUGACUAGAAAUCUAGUAUUUGAUAGACUCAGAGCACAGAAUCUUUUUUAAUGUAGGCAUGCCAUGCUAGAUAGUCCUGGGCUAGUGCUUAACAGCAACCAUUAUGUUAUCCUUAUAUUGCUUCUUCUGUGUGAGCACUUUCCUUUUGUGGUGAGUUUUCUGUUAAACAAUAUUUAGGCAAACAUGCAUUUGAGAAAGGACCUCAGUAUCCUUUAAGAAAAGGUACCAGACACCUGUGUAUAGUUGUUUUUAUAUUAUCUUCCCUGUUAGACUGCUCUCUCUGAGAAAAGGUACUGUCUUUCCCCACCCCACCCCCCAGAGAUUAGCAUAAUGUCUGACACAUUAUAGAGACUUAAUAAAUGCUUCUUGACUUGAUUUAUACCACAUUAAUUUUACAUUUCAUUUAAAUAUCAGAAUUUGUUUAGUCAUCCCCUCAUUUGAUGAGCAUCCCUUUUAUGCCUACAGUGACAAAGGUGAUCUAUAUAUCAAGCUAGCUGCCUGAAGAAUUUGUUAGAUUACCUGAUUUUAUCUUAGAAAAUGAGAAGUGUAUUUGCUUUUUGUCUUAUACUCAAGUAUUUUAGUUUUGUUGAAGUGAUCAUAUGUAAUGGUUCUCUAAUAUUGGACUAAACUUGUAGAGAACUAAUUCUGUUAUUAUAUGAUGGUUAUAUAAUGACAAAUAUGGGUUCAAGGAUUUUAACAAUGUUUUAGUUUGGUUUAUAAAGUGAUAUUUUUCUAUCUUACCUUCUAGUUAUAUUUGUUGAAGUAUUACAUAUUGAUACAUAUUGAUAAUAAUAACUAAUAUUUGUAUAGAGCCUAUUAUGUGCCAGGCUCUUUAUAAAUAUCUCAUUUGAUCCUCACAACCACUGAAGGAGUCAAGGAAACUGAGGUAAACAGAGGUCAGGUGACUUGACCAGGGUCAAAAAACUAGUAUCUGAGGCCAGUUGCACUUUGUUCAUGGGGAUGGUUAUCUUUAUACCACUGAAGAAUUCCCUCUAUACUAUGAUUCAUUUGUCAGUUUUUCCACAAGGGUGAUUUUCAAACAUUUAAUUUUAAAAAUCUGGCAUUUUACAAGUUAGGUUUACAAACUGAAUACAGUCUUAAAAUUAGUCUUAAUAUUCUUACUGUCUAGAAAAAAUAGGAUUUAUGAAGUUUGUAACAAUGUACUGAAACGGUUUUGUCCUAAAGAUUUACUGUAUUUUUUAAACAAGUAUCCAUUUUACUUGCAACUGACCAUAGCAAUUACAAACUAAGUGUAUAAAAACACUUCUCAAACACAGUUCUCUGGAAAUGGACCCACAGCAGCUUUUAAAGCAGUUCUUUCUGUUAAUGUCAUUGUCAAGAUGACAAUCACUUCUCAGUCUAAAAUCUUCAAAAUAUAAAUACCUGUUCCCAGCAAAGGAGAUUGUAACCACAAAGGCAAAGAUGAGAUGACCCAGCUAUUGUGGAUAUGUCUGUCCCUCUCUUUGGUAACUGAGGAGACAUCUAUGAGGACAGCAACAAAGUGUAAAACGAAGGCACUUCCAUUAAAGUAGAGGCCCAUUGUGUUCCAUUGAACUUGGGGAAUCAAUAAUUAAGAAGACUGUGAGGAACCUGUAAAAUACUGCAACAAACAUCAGCCAGCUAAAGGCUGAAAGUUAUAUUGGAGUGAUCAGAAGCAGACCUAGAAUGAUCUUCCACAUGAUAAGGAUCCCUGGCAGGGUGCACAGGAACUCCCUGUUGUAGGUUAAGCAGCCUCUGAGAGAAGUUGUUAUGUGAGCAGAGCUCUGUGCCUCCAUGUUUGCCCCUGGAGCAAGGCAGUACCCCCAGCCCUCCCUCUGUGCUCCAUCCAGCCCCCCAUGUCAUUUUUAUCAUUUUCAAAUUUUCCUCUGUAGGAAAUUUUGGCUCACCAAUUUAAAAAAAUUUUUUUUCCUGACUUAGGAUUGAUAUCAAGAAUCAGCUCUAAGGUAGAAAUAUGUGGUAAGGGCUACUAGGAAAUGCCUGAAUCCAGAGUUGAACCCAGAUCCAUCCUCCGCACUCUAGGCUGACACUCUAUCCACAGGUCCCGCAUCUAUCCUAGUUCAUCCAUAGCCACCCAUUGCUUUUAUACCUUUAAUAUGGGAAUAAUAUGUCUAAAAUAGCUUUGCUUUUCCAUCUU